GCCAGGGCCGAGGCGACAGCUGUGGUGACAGCCCUGACACAAGGGCAGGCACGUCCUGGGCAGGUCCCCUUGUCCCCUCUGAGGAGAAGCCCCUGCAGCACCAGUCCUUUUUCUCGCCAUGCUGCGGCCCAAGCCCCACUCCCAGGAGCCCCAGGUCCCCUCCAGCCCCAUCCCACGCUCCCCUCGAGGCAGAGGGUGCAAGCUGGCUCCCACGCCCUCUGUCACACUUUUCCGUGUCACACAAAGCCCUGGCAUCCACUCUGCCAUGGGGAGCUACCCCAGUAAAUACCCUGUAAAUCUCGGGUGAUUCUCUGCUCUCCUCUCUGGAAGCCAGCAGGCAGGAAACCGCUCUGGCACCCUGCUAUUAUUGUCUUCUGUGACGGGGUUGUGCAACUUCUUCUUUCAAAGGCAGCCAAGGGUGGGCGGCCAGGCCAGAGCCUUUGUGCCCUGCGGUGGAGGCAGCCGGUGCUGGCCCCAGGCAGAGCCCAGGGAGCUCCAGCGGGCCCUGGGGCCAUUCCACGAGGAUGUGGCACACCAUGGCUCCCAGGGCUGGUGUCUGGGAUCCCUGUGACCACCACCACAGAUCUGAGCUUGGGGUUCUGUUCCUCCUGCGAGGCUGAGGACUGCCGACAUGUCGGCCACCCCCAGACCGGCCCUGCUGCCGCUGCUGCCACUGCUGCCCCUGCUGCUGCACGUGCCGCACGCUGCCAGAGCCCAGGUCAACCCCGCGGUGUGUCGGUACCCCUUGGGAAUGUCGGGUGGGCACAUCCCUGACGAGGACAUCUCAGCCUCCAGCCACUGGUCUGACUCCACGGCCGCCAAGUACGGACGGCUGGACUCGGAGGAGGGCGAUGGAGCCUGGUGCCCCAAGACCCCAGUGGAGCCAAACGACCUGAAGGAGUUCCUGCAGAUUGACCUGCAAGCCCUGCACUUCAUCACACUGGUGGGCACCCAGGGGCGCCAUGCCAAGGGCCACGGCAAUGAGUUUGCCCCCAUGUAUAAAAUCAACUACAGCCGGGAUGGCACCCGCUGGAUCUCUUGGAGGAACCGGCACGGGAAGCAGGUGCUGGAUGGAAACACCAACACCUACGACAUCGUCCUCAAGGACCUGGAACCGCCCCUCAUCGCCCGCUUUGUCCGCUUCAUCCCCGUCACCGACCACUCCAUGAACGUCUGCCUGCGCGUGGAGCUGUACGGCUGCGCCUGGCUGGAUGGGCUGGUGUCCUACAACGCGCCGGUCGGGCAGCAGCUCAUCCUUCCCGGGGGCACCAUCAUCUACCUGAACGACUCGGUGUACGACGGGGCCUUUGGCUACAGCAUGACAGAGGGCCUGGGCCAGCUGACGGACGGGGUGUCGGGGCUGGACGACUUCACACAGAGCCACGAGUACCACGUGUGGCCAGGCUACGACUACGUGGGCUGGCGCAACGAGAGCACGGCAGGCGGCUACGUGGAGAUCACCUUCGAGUUCGACCGCAUCAGGAACUUCACCGCCAUGAAGGUCCACUGCAACAACAUGUUCGCCAAAGGUGUGAAGAUCUUCAAGGAGGUGCAGUGCUACUUCCGCGCCGACGCCAGCGAGUGGGAGCCCAGCGCCGUCUCCUCGGUGCUGGUGCUGGAUGAUGUGAACCCCAGCGCCCGUUUCGUCACCGUGCCUCUGCUCCACCGCAUGGCCAGUGCCAUCAAGUGCCAGUACUACUUCGCUGACACCUGGAUGAUGUUCAGUGAGAUCACCUUCCAGUCAGAUGCAGCCAUGUACAACAACUCAGUGCCCCCUGCCGAGGCACCCGUGGUCCCCACCACUUAUGACCCCACGCUCAAGGUAGACGACAGCAACACGCGCAUCCUGAUCGGGUGCCUGGUGGCCAUCAUCUUCAUCCUGGUGGCCAUCAUUGUCAUCAUACUGUGGCGGCAGUUCUGGCAGAAGAUGCUGGAGAAGGCAUCACGGAGGAUGCUGGAUGAUGAAAUGACCGUCAGCCUCUCCCUGCCCAGUGAAUCCAGCAUGUUCAACCACAACCGCUCCUCCUCCCCCAGCGAGCAGGAGUCCAGCUCCACCUACGACCGCAUCUUCCCCCUGGGACCUGACUACCAGGAGCCCUCCCGCCUGAUCCGCAAGCUGCCCGAGUUCACCGCAGGGGAGGAGGACGCAGGCUGCAGCGGCCCCGCCAAGCCUUCCCAGGCCAGCGUCCCCGAGGGCGUCCCGCACUACGCCGAGGCCGACAUUGUGAACCUGCAGGGUGUGACAGGCGGCAACACCUACUCUGUGCCAGCCCUAACCAUGGACCUGCUGGCUGGCAAGGAUGUGGCCGUCGAGGAGUUCCCCAGGAAGCUGCUGACCUUCAAGGAGAAGCUGGGGGAAGGCCAGUUUGGGGAGGUUCACCUCUGUGAAGUGGAGGGGAUGGAGAAGUUCAUAGGGAAGGACUUUGCCCUGGAGGGCCUGGAUGGCAGCUCUGACCGCCCCGUGCUGGUGGCUGUGAAGAUGCUGCGGGCAGAUGCCAACAAGAAUGCCAGGAAUGAUUUUCUGAAGGAAAUCAAGAUCAUGUCGCGGCUGAAGGACCCCAACAUCAUCCGGCUGCUGGCGGUGUGCAUCACAGAUGACCCCCUGUGCAUGAUCACCGAGUACAUGGAGAAUGGGGACCUCAACCAGUUCCUGUCCCGCCAGCAGGCAGGCGGCCCCGCUGCUGCCCACGCACCCGCCGUCAGUGACCUGCGGUUCAUGGCCACCCAGAUCGCCUCGGGCAUGAAGUACCUCUCGUCCCUCAACUUCGUGCACCGGGACCUGGCCACGCGCAACUGCCUGGUGGGGAAGCACUACACCAUCAAGAUUGCCGACUUUGGGAUGAGCAGGAACCUCUACAGUGGGGACUACUACCGCAUCCAGGGCCGGGCGGUGCUCCCCAUCCGCUGGAUGUCCUGGGAGAGCAUCCUACUGGGCAAGUUCACAACGGCCAGUGACGUGUGGGCGUUCGGGGUGACGCUGUGGGAGACCUUCACGCUGUGCCGGGAGCAGCCCUACUCCCAGAUGUCUGACGAGCAGGUCAUCGAGAACACCGGCGAGUUCUUCCGGGACCAGGGCCGGCAGACCUACCUUCCCCAGCCCGUGCUAUGCCCCGACUCAGUCUAUAAGCUAAUGCUCAGCUGCUGGAGACGGGACACUAAAGAUCGUCCCUCCUUCCAGGACAUCCAUCGUCUUCUCCAGGACUCAGCCAGUGAAGAAUGACCCUUGGCUCCCGCCUGUCCUGGUCCCAUCCUUCCUUGUGCCCAGAGGAGCCCCAGACGCAAACCAAAGCCACUUCUCUCGGACUUAGCCAUAAACCCCGAGCAGCUGCUCGUGCUCUCCUUGCGCAGCGAGGCCUCAGAGGAGACCCCCAAGGACAGCAAAGCCCCACGGCGCGGGACGGCUCCGACCUCCCUCUUCCCCCGGACCUGAGCCCGGCAGCAGCGUGGGCUCGGGGAGGGUUAUUUAUUGGUGCAGCGUGCUCCUGGUGACAAGGACCGGGACAGAGCGGCUUCUCUUCCCCGGCUGAAGGGGGCAGCUGGACUUUCUCCAUGAGGAAGCUCGGCCCACGCGCAGGGCAGGCGCCUGGGGAGGGGAUGUGUGCAGGUGUGCGCCCGCUGGAGCAGGGACAGACGGGCAGCCACCCCCUGCCUCGGGAGGAGCUGGGAGCUGCCUCCGGGUCUCAACGGGCCGUGCAAUCGCGGGGUGAAAACAAGGACUCCGCGGACAUUCGGGGCUUUGGACACGCCACGUGGAGAGGCAAGGAGCACCCUCCCUGCUGGCCAGCCCCAGCUGCACAGGGAGAAGACUGGGGGCUCACCCGGCACCUCAUCCAGCUGCUGGAGUGUGCAGCCAGGGAGGAGCGGGCAUCCCGUGCCGAGGGGACAUUCCCUCACCGACCACAGCCACUCCACUGCCCGAGAAAUGCAUGUUGGAUGCCCCACGGGUGAUGCAUGGCAGCCGGCAGCAGGAUGCUAGCGCCUUUUAGUUCCAUGGGGGAAUCUCCAGGUCCUCCUCCCCCAGAGUUAACCCACACCUUCAUCUGCCAGGAGAAGAAUGCCCAUAGCAGAGUUCCAUUGGCAGCCGCCUGCUGCCGGUGCCUGCAACAGCCGCACGGGCACGGAGCGGGGCGCUGCAGCUCUCCCUGGCUCUCACCUGGGAUCACAGCCCAGCUGAAGCACCUGAGCUGGGCUCUGCCGCCCUGAGCAUCCCGCAGCACUCUGGCACCCGCCCCGUGCUCCCGAGGCUGCCGGCAUUCCGAGCAAACCGGGCAGGUGCCGGGGUGCCAAAGCCGUGUGCCCUGGCAGGUGACCCACCACGCCCCGAAGUCGGAGCCUCCUGUGGCCGGGCAGGGGGAGCUGUGGACGCGGAGGGUCCGUGGAGCCCCCCACACUUGUGUACGCACUAGCUCGGCAGUACCCCGUGGCUAAGGCAUGUGUAUAUUCCGUAGAUGCACCCAUGUGUAGGGGCCAACCCGCUGAAGAGACACUCGGUAUGGCAUCUGGCUGCGUGGUUUCCUUGCGGCGCUGCUGCAGGCGGCUCAGCUCGCCUCCCCCGGGGCUGGGGGGCUCUGGAGCUGCACUGGGAUGUGGUGUGGAGCAC